AUGAAGAUGUGGGUCGCGAAGAAGGCGCUGACGAACUCUGCGGUGCAGAAAAAGGUCAAGCAAUCCUUGUUCAAGGAGGCGAAGAAGGACCCCAAGAAGGCCGCGGACCUGGCGACGCAAGCGGCGGCUCCGCACGUGAAAACAGUCGCGGCCCAGGUCACCCCCCCGGCCGGCGCGGCGGGCGCCGCGGCCGCCGUGCCCGUCGUCGUCGCGGCGUCGGUGCCGGCGUCGGACUGGACCGCGCACGUCGACCCGGCGACGGGAAAGGAGUACUACUACAACGCGAAGACGGGAGAGACGGUCUGGGAGCGGCCCGCGGCGUUCCCGGCGCCCGUCGUGAGUCCCGCGGCGGGCGCCGCUCCCGUCGUCGCGUCGUUCCCGGCUCCCGCGGCGGCGCCGGCGCCCGUCGUCGCGUCGGUCCCGGCCCCCGCGCCCGUCGUCGCGUCGGUCCCGGCCCCCGCGCCCGUCGUCGCGUCGGUGCCGGCGCCCGCGCCCGUCGUCGCGUCGGUGCCGGCGCCGGCGCCCGUCGUCGCGUCGGUGCCGGCGUCGGAUUGGACCGCGCACGUCGAUCCGGCCACCGGCAACGAGUACUACUACAAUGCGAAGACGGGGGAGACGGUCUGGGAGCGGCCCGAGUUCGGCGUGCCGCGAGCCGCGCCGGCGCCCGUCGUCGCGCCCGCGCCCGCGCCCUCGCCCGCGCCCGUCGUCGCGCCCGCGCCGGCGCCCGAGGAGCGGCCUCUGCCCCCGUUGCCGCCGGCGGCCGCGACGGCGGUCCCCACGCUCCCGUCGCGGGCCGCGCCGCCGACGGUGCUCCCGCCGCGCGCCGCGCCGCCGCCGUCGCUCCCCGCGCGGACCGCGUCCGAGACCUCGGCGACGUCCGAGGGCUCGUCGGUCCGGGACCGGAUCCGCGCGCUCUCGCUCCGGGAGGACCGGGCGCCGCCGUCGCCCGCGGCGACCGAGAAGGCCCGGAAGGUGGCCUCGGUGCUCGCGCGCGCGCGGGCCUUCGAGGCGCCCGCGCGCGAGGAGCCGCCGCCGCCGCGCGCGUCGUCGUCGAUCCGGUCGCACAUCGACGCCUUCAACGCGCGCGGCGCCGGCUGGGUCCCCCCCGGCGGCGCCGCCGUCGUCGUCGCGCCGUCGCGGCAGUUCCUCAAGGCGCUCCACGCCUUCGAGGCGACGGAAUCGUGGCAGCUGUCGCUCGCGCAGGGCGAGGUCGUCGGCCGCGCCGAGGCCGCCGCGCCGUCCGGCGACGGCUGGCUCGAGGUCACGAACAGCGGCGGGACCCGGCGGGGCCUCGUCCCCGCGGCCUACCUCGCGUCCUGCGACGGCUCCGACGCGCCCGCGGCCAAGCCCGUCGUCGUCGUGAAACCCGCGACGGCCAAGUACAAGCCCACGGCCAAGCUCUACAAGGCGCCCAAGGCCCGCCGCUCCCUGUAA